AUAAUCUACAACGGAGGCCGCAACUGCCAUCUAUUCAUGUAAUGAUCCUCCAAAUAUUUGUGUCCAUGGUGGUGAUGGACACAUGGCAAUACUUCGCUCACAGAUUGAUGCAUGCAAACAAAUUCUUGUACAAGCACGUCCAUUCCAAGCACCAUGAACUAGUUGUCCCUUAUGCUUUUGGAGCUAUCUAUUGCCAUUUUGUUGAGGGAAUUAUUUUGGACACCGGAGGUGCUUUCCUCUGCGUUUUCUUCUCCGGAAUGACUCCUCUCACCGGCGCCAUCUUCUUCUCCUUCUCCUUCAUUAAGACCAUUGAUGACCAUAGUAGCUUGUGGUUGCCUACGAAUAUAUUUCCUUUUGUGUUCCAGAAUACAGGCGCGUUUCAUGAACUGCAUCACCAGCCUUAUGGGAAGAAGUAUAAUUUCUCUACUCCAUUUUUUGUGACGUGGGAUAAGUUAUUGGGGACUUAUUUGGAUCACACGCUUGAGAAAAGAAAGGAUGGUGGAGUUGUGGUGAGGCCUGUGCUCAAGGGAAAAAAAUAUUAGAUGCGUGUAACUUAUCUAUGCACCAUGAAUGAUGC